AUGGCCGUCGCAAAAGAUGCACUCGCCAUCGUCAUCGUCCUGGGCGUAACCAUAUUUGCGUCUGGCGUUGCCAUUUACUACUACCAGUCCCGAAGGCACCAGAAGCGAGCGACUGCUCUCAAGAACAGCCAUCGCAGCUACGACGUCGAGAACCAGGCCAUGAUCAGCCUAAAACGCGAGCCUCAGGCGACGAUGUGGCGAUGCAAGAGUGACGCCGGUCCCCGGGCCAAGCAGCCAUCUGCAAACCGCGCCGGCCUGCCGCGCUCACAGAGCGCUGGUGCCACGGUCGGACUGGCCAGGCCUGCGCUGGCACAUCUGCCGAGAUGGACGAGGCCCGCGAGGCGUACAUAG